GGCGGGCACAUCACGACCAUGGGAGGAGGUAGCGGCGAAGGUGCGACGGGGUACCCUACAUGCAGCUCGAAGGAAUCGUUCCUGGGGGUGGGUAACACGGAAUGCAUUGGGUCCCAUCUGGGGUACGCGGCCCUGCUUUGUGCAAUCAUCGUUCUCUUGUCCUUCAUCAUGGACGUCGUCAUCGAGUUCAUUCGGCGAAAGAUCACAUGUCCUCAAAUGAUGCGCGUCGCGAACCGAUUCUUUGAAGAGCUCAUGGUCAUGGGCGUCAUUUCCAUGUGCAUCUUUGCCUUCAACACGAGCGGCGUGAUCAACCAACUGAGUUUCGUCGUGUCGGGGCUGAAUCCGUCGCAACUGCUCCAUUUCCAGGAAUUUUUCCACUAUGUCGUGUUCAUGACGGCCGUGUACUACAUCUGCAUCAUGGUGGUGCUCAUCGUCAUUGCGACCGUCGUCCCGCGAUACCUGUACGACCGACAGCACCCCAACGACGCCGCGCGGAACGACGACACCGCGGACGACUUUCCCCUCGAGUCCCCGUCCCGGUACAACGCAUCGUCUCAGACGAACGGGGGCGGCGGUCGCAUGUCCCAUCGACGGUACCAGCGGCAACACUCUGGCUACGACUUUGUCAACGGCUCGCGCAUGUACUACUUCCUUCGACAGCGAUACAAGCGGGAAGGAUGGUCGUUCCGAUUCAACCUGGUCAAGCAGUUUGCAUUGUGGAAGUCGUUCGAAGUGCUCGCGUACAACGUGUGCCAGUACCGGUCAGGGUACCUAUACAAGAACCCGGCCGAGAUGCAGCGCAUCUUCAACCUGAGCGUCCGCGCGUCGCACGCCGUGGACUUUGGCCGGUUCAACACGCUGUGCACACGGAAUAUGCUGGCGACGCUCACCAAACUCCAUUACAGCGCCUUCUUCAUCCUCGUGCUGCUCGUCAUGGCCACGGGGCUGCUCCACGCCACGUCCAUCUACCUGUACAUGGCGUUCGCUGCGCUUUUGUGCGCGAUGAACUUUGUCAUUAUGAUCAAGACCCUGCGCAUCCUCAAGGGCAUCGUCAAGGACCGCCUGCGCAUCUUCUCUUUGGACGACAUUGAGCGCAUGCUGCCGCCGUCGUCCACGGCGCUUGUAUCGCCCCCCCGACACGCCCCACGAAAGCCGCCGUCUCUCAAAGUGGUCGCGCAACUCGUUCGCGCCCUCGUGCGCAUGCAGAUGUCCGUGCUGUGCCACCGACAGCUCCAUUCCCACGACGCGCGCUUCUGGCUGCGCAGUCCCGCGUUCCUCUUGCGCCUCUUCCAGUUUGCCACCACCGGCCACGCAUUCUACCUCGUCUGGCUCACGCUCGUCGUCGCCCACGACCCCCUCGUCCUCCCGUGGAUGUACUUUCUCAUGUUGACGUUCCCGAUCGUGUCGAUGCUCGUGAUUACGCCGCUCACGAUGCCCAGUCUCGUGCUCGUCAUGAGUCUCACGGGGUUCUUUGUCGAGCAAAACCCAUCACCGUCCCACGACGACGCUACUACUCCUACCUCUUCCAACCUUCUCUCGGCCAAAGAUCGCAUCCGAGUCGCCCGAAGGUCGUACUUGCGGUCUACGGAUGACUGCUCGGACGUAAUAGCCACCAGUCCAGUGCAAAGUCCAGCGAACAGCUCGACCCCACACAUGCUGCUGCACAUGUACGACGGCCUCCUCCAUCCGUCGCCGCUGCCGUCGCCGCGCGCGUCGUCCCGCGGGAACUACCCCAAUGCUGCUGCAAUGGUGCAGUCUCCGGUCGCUACUAGUAUGCUGAUGGGUACUAGCGUCACCAACUACGCCAAGAUGCAAGACGAAGAUGAAGAUGUCGACUGUGUGGGGGGGGCUAGUACUAGUAAUACUACUACUACUACUAGUACGCCGUGGACAGUGGGGCUGACGCCGUUGAGCACCAGAACGGAUACGAACCCGAUCAAGAUGUUUGAAAAGUACUGCUCCAGCUACGGCGGGUACCCCAGUCAACCCAAGCCAGAAGCACACGAAGUCUAGGGAUUUUUAAUAAUACUAGUAGUAGUAACCCCGAAACUCCGUAGGUAGUUUGUC